UCCCGCCCGACGUCAUCGGCAGAGGAAUCCGCUGGCGGGCGCGGGUGCUCGGUGGGCAGGCGGGAGGCGGGGCGGAGAGGAGCGGAGGGGAGAGGAAAGAGGCCCCGCGCGGGGAGGACCGUUAAACGCCAGAUGUUUGGCAGCGGCUGCGGAGGAAGUCGCUGCUGGAGCCCUGAGUCCAUCCCGAGCAGCCCCGGAGCAGGCAGGUCCGCGCCAUGGCCCGCCCGGCUCCCCCGGCAGUACCGCCGCCUCCGGGGCCGCUGGCCCGCGGCUCGCUCAGCCUCCACCGCGCCUACCUGCGGAGCCCGCUGGGCCUGCUGCGCCUCGGGCAGCUGGCGCUGGGCGCUGCCUUCUGGGUGACGGUGGCGGCUCACAAGUACGAGGGGGCGGCCCACUUCGCACUCUUCGCUGCCGUCCUGGUCUGGCUCCUCACCCUGGCCCUCUUCGGGCUGAGCCUGCUGGGGCGCUGGACCCUGGUGCCCUGGCUGGGCUCCCGCUGGCUCCUCACCAACCUGGUGCACGACCUGGCGCUGGGAGUGGGGCUCUACGCGGCUGCCACCGGCAUCAUGAGCUACAAGGCUGGGCGGAAAAGCUACUGCAACCUGCCGGGCUACAGCCAGCAUUGCCUCUACGGUGCCUACCUGAGUGCCUCUGUCUGCGGGGGCAUUGCCGCCUGCCUGUACCUCUUCUCUGGGCUCUACUGCCUGUCACGACGCUGCCGGGAUGAGCGCGACAUCAUCUGAGACCCCACAGCACUCACCUUCUCCUCACCUGCGAACGGAGCACAGCACCCCUCUGGGACAAAGUGACCCUGAUGCCCCAUCCCCUCCCAGCUGACUUCACCGUGCUUCCUCCGGAGACUCCUGCACAGAGGGAUGGACAGAUAGAGGCCUUCCCCAAGCAUGGCUUCUCCUGCAUCACACCAAGACAACGUGGAGCUCCAGCCACUGCACAGGCCCCUCUCCCAGCCCUGGACAGAUGUUGCCUAUUGCAAGUGGAAAGACGCAAGUGGAGAGUCCCUCAGAAGGACCAGUUUCUGGGAGCACCCCAGGGCCCCUGCCCAACUCCCUUGCCCCCAGCCUUACAGACGCUGCAUGCUCAGGUGGGUGCUGACCUAUCCCUGGGGCAGAGGGGACUGGCCUGGGGGUGCUGAGCAGGGGGCAGUGGUGUGUAGUGGGGUUGGGUAGGUAGAACUGCGUCCCAUAUGGCCUUUCAGCAGCCCCUUCUCACCAUUCCCAACUGCACGGCAAUUCUCUAAUGGAGGCUCUGAUCCCGACUUCCCCUUGCCUGGGCCCCUCCUCCUGUCUGGCCUGAACAUGUCUCCCAUCUUCCUAGAGCCCCGCGGGUUUCAGCCCAUCCUGCUCUGCACUCUGGGGGUGUGAAGACACCCAGGUCCUGCACAGCCUGACCUACUGUCACCCCGGACCCUCGACACGCUGUCCUGCUUGGGGCUGAGCCUGCACAGGACAGCACGGCCUCCAUCACUGUGGGGUGAGGGGAAGGGCGAGCAAGGCGCCUGGUCCAGCCCUGGGGUUCAUACUGCCCCAGGAUGGGGACGGAUGGCCCUGGGGUUGAAGGGAGCAGGGCACGGGGUCGUUCUCUCCCCCUGUCCUCCUGCAGUGAGGUUCAUGGCCCUGCUCC